AUGCGAAUUCAUUUUAUCAUCAUUGCCACGUGGUUUUUCAGCUUUGUGAUAUCUCAAAGAAGACUAAACGAAGACUUGAAAACAACGAUUUUCAAAGAUUUCAAUGAAUUACGAAAAUCUGAAUCACUUGCGCCAAUUCAGUUUUGGUGGGAUUAUCUGGAAAAUUUGGCGAUUUUAUCAUUCACUGAAAAUGGAUAUGAAAGUGGAUUUGGUGAGAAAAUUAAGGAGGAUACUUUCAGGUUUCAAGAUGAAGCGAUAGUAAGUUUUUAUUCUGAAAUCUCGUGUCAGUGAAAAAAAAUUCGGAUUUUUCUAGAACCCGUUUGCACUGAAAACUCAUCUGAAAAAUGGAGCGAAAUUGGAAAAUGUGAGAUUUUUAGUUUAAUUUAAUAAUUAUUGAAAUUUUUAAGGUGUAUCUAAACAAUAUCAUCGCGGUUGGAUGCGCUAAAAAUCAAGUUUAUGUAACUUGUGUUUACUUGAAGUAA